UAUAUCAUCAGUUUCAUUGAUGGUAAAAGUAACAGUUCCAUUGAUAAAAAGAGUUUCAGCUUUGUUUAUAACGCAUAUAUAUUUACACGUCACAUGUAAUUCAUUUGUGUUGUUGUUUAUCCAGUUUCUACGGCAACGAGCAGCACGUACUUUCUUGUUUCUACUUCACGUGUGGCUGUCACUGAGGUCGUCAUUUUCAACAAUUCAUCAUUCACUGCUGUCGCUACAAUCAAGGGGCUAAAGAACGAUACCUCUGGGCUGAUGGCUGACAACUCCAAUGAUGUGUCCAUCAUGGCCUCCAGCUUCACAACUAUAACACUACCGACCGAUAUGAAUAUGGACGCUACCGGUGUGUAUGAAAACAAUGCCAUAUCAGUCCAGUGCAGUAAUGAUAUUUCUCUGUUGAUGUACAGUGUAACUCCAAACCUCGGAAAUCUCAUCAAACCAUUCCACGUAGGUUUUUUUAGGAAGUUAUUCUUUCCCGUUACACCCAACUGUUCCAAUUAUUUCGUCCUACAUAUGGUGGCAAACGCCGUCUCAGAAGUUCGCAUAACGUUCCCCUCAAGCCAAACAAACACAUUGUUCACUACCUACAAUGCCAUUAGUUACUACGGAGGAGACACCCUCGUGCUAGAAAUCCUGGCGUACAGCGCUGCUCUGGUAGAGAGUUUGGCAGACUUGACGGGAACCUCUGUUAAAGCGAAUGUACCCAUAGGUAUGUUCUCUGGGUGUGAUUAUAGCAGCACCCAGAAUGGACCUGACUACCGCUCUGAUAAGGUCCCCGGACAGAUAGACAUGGGUCUACAGUACAUCGUCAUGGCACUCAAUGAACCACGUUUUUCGGUUGAGGGGUAUGUGAUUGUGUCGACAAUGGAAAACACAACUGUCAUCACCUAUGCCGACGAUACUUGCCACGAAACAAAACUGAGGAAAAGCGGGGAUAGUCAUGUGGUUACCAUGUCAGCUGUCAAUGAAAUCGUGGUAUCAAGCCAACCUAUUGUUGUAGUUCACAUGGCGUACAACGGAGCAGACAAUCAUAAUAUGUACUAUGUUACUCCUGUGUCGAUGUUCCGUAAUGACUACAAAGCGGCCGCGUUCAAAGACAUGGCAAUGAAAGUCAAAAUUACUUUCAACAAUGGAAGUGAAGAUUCUUUUGAGGUGAAUGAACACUCAGUCACCAUGGAUGUUCGCGAUCGUCUUGUGGACGACGUUGUUGGUGUCGGACGUCUGGGAGGUGCUGAUGUAUUCUAUAAUAAUACAGUGCACUUCAUAAAAUCACAGGACCCAUACCUUUUCGGUGGGUAUAUGUGGAGUGAAGAUAAUAAUGAUAGACUCUUCAUCACAUCACUCGGCAGGAACACUCCAAGACAACAUACGGUGUGUAUGGGAGACGAAGAACCGCUACAUGAUGGAUGUGUAGAACCGUUGAAUGGAUGUCACGGGCCAAAAAAUGAAUCAAAUGCGACGACCAUUCCAACAACCGGAAGUCCGAACAUUCUACAACCUACCAAUGUGACCGUUCCACCAUCUACCAAUGUGACCAUUCCACAACCUACGAAUGUGAUCGUUCCACAUCCUACCAAUGUGACCUUUCCACAACCUACCAAUGUGACCAUUCCACAACCUACCAAUGUGAUCGUUCCACAACCUACCAAUGUGACCGUUCCACCACCUACCAAUGUGACCAUUCCGCAAAUUACCAAUGUGACCAUUCCACCACCUACCAAUGUGACCGUUCCACAACCUACCAAUGUGACCAUUCCGCAACCUAUCAAUGUGACCGUUCCACAACCUUACAAUGUGACCAUUCCGCAACCUACCAAUGUGACCAUUCCGCAACCUACCAAUGUGACCAUUCCACCACCUACCAAUGUGACCUUUCCGCAACCUACCAAUGUGACUAUUCCACCACCUAACAAUGUGACCUUUCCGCAACCUAUCAAUGUGACCGUUCCACAACCUUACAAUGUGACCAUUCCGCAACCUACCAAUGUGACCGUUCCACAACCUACCAAUGUGACCAUUCCGCAAACUACACAUGCCACCCCGCAAUCUUCAAUAAUGGUCAAUGUCUCCCAACCUAUGAGUACGACCGCCAGCUCGCAAACCACAAAUCCGACCCUCCCACAAACAACUAAAACAACAACAACAACAACAACAACCUCACAGUCAACUAAUCCGACAACAGCAGGAUCAAAGUGUCCCAUAAAUGCACAAAGGUACAAUCACCACGGACAGGUGAUUUGUUACUGGUUGCUAGUCGCAACUGCCAGGAUACAAAACCAGGCUUACGAUACCUGUUUACAACAGGGAGGACAACUGCCUAUCAUACCUAACUCAGAGGCUAAUGAGGUUGUUGUCGAUCUCAUCUCAACCAGUAAUGCAAACAUUUUCUAUCUGGACUAUACAGUAAAUUAUACCAGUGGGAAAAUCAUGACGUCAUCCGGCAGCCCUCAGGAUUGGAACAAUGGUAUCAACACAACACAGCCUAACGGUCCGUGCGUGGUCACCAAUGGUAACGGCACCUGGAGUAGUUCCGUCUGUGACGUAUCUACAUACAAUGGCGUCAUCUGCUCAGCAUGUAAGGGAGGAGGUGCGUCGUGCUAUACCCACAGCAAAAACUAUUGCGGCCCUUGCUCUUGUCCAAACUACAUCGUUAACCAAGUUGAUAUUACAGAGAAGCUGCAGAGAAAGCUGGACGACUUGAGGAGAGCCACGAGUGUCAAUAAGAAGAAUACAUCUAGAACACUACGUAGGAUAACCUGCGCCAGUGAUCCUCGACCCUCCUCGGCCGCCAUGGGAUACCUAGGAGCAUCCGUACUCACGGUCGUUUUCGGUGGGUUCAUCUUGCUCGACCUACCAAUGUUGUUUCUGGAGUUUAAGACCCAUAUACUCGGUCUUUUCCAAGGAUAGAAUAACGUCUUGUGUGUUAUCACAUACAUCUCCAUAUAGUAGUCGUACGUUGUAGUUGUAGAGUUUCGCCGAGUUAAGAGGUUGGCGCAUAUGGCAGGAAACUGUUUCACAAAUAUAAUCCAUUUGUUAAAAUGGCAAAAGGUUUUGAAAACUACUUUAUAUUAUAAAAACAUUUAUUCAGAGAUAUAUCCUGUGCAAUCACAUAACGUUAUACCAAACCUUAGUUAUGCCGGAAAUACUGUUUCCAACACGUUGUUACAGAUUUCGACAGUGGUAGGGGGGUCAUUAUAUUGCUUUAUGAAUUUCGUCAAAAUUUAUAUUUAUCAGUUCUAUUACCAUCCUCGACAUCGUGGGGUUACGCUCACUUUCGCUCUCUACAUCCCUGGAAUGUCAUAGAAAAAUUGAAGACACGAAGCAAGCUGCUUGAUUGGUUUCACGUAAAAAACCUGACUAAUCGCUAGGCUGAUACCUGUCUU